GCUGAGCCGGGGCCGAUGCAGCUGAGCCGCGCCGCCGCCGCCGCCGCCGCCGCCCCUGCGGAGCCCCCGGAGCCGCUGUCCCCCGCGCCGGCCCCGGCCCCGGCCCCCCCCGGCCCCCUCCCGCGCAGCGCGGCCGACGGGGCUCCGGCGGGGGGGAAGGGGGGGCCGGGGCGCCGCGCGGAGUCCCCGGGCGCUCCGUUCCCCGGCGCGAGCGGCCCCGGCCCGGGCCCCGGCGCGGGGAUGGACGGCCCCGGGGCCAGCGCCGUGGUCGUGCGCGUCGGCAUCCCGGACCUGCAGCAGACGAAGUGCCUGCGCCUGGACCCGGCCGCGCCCGUGUGGGCCGCCAAGCAGCGCGUGCUUUGCGCCCUCAACCACAGCCUCCAGGACGCGCUCAACUAUGGGCUUUUCCAGCCGCCCUCCCGGGGCCGCGCCGGCAAGUUCCUGGAUGAGGAGCGGCUCCUGCAGGAGUACCCGCCCAACCUGGACACGCCCCUGCCCUACCUGGAGUUUCGAUACAAGCGGCGAGUUUAUGCCCAGAACCUCAUCGAUGAUAAGCAGUUUGCAAAGCUUCACACAAAGGCGAACCUGAAGAAGUUCAUGGACUACGUCCAGCUGCAUAGCACGGACAAGGUGGCACGCCUGUUGGACAAGGGGCUGGACCCCAACUUCCAUGACCCUGACUCAGGAGAGUGCCCCCUGAGCCUCGCAGCCCAGCUGGACAACGCCACGGACCUGCUAAAGGUGCUGAAGAAUGGCGGUGCCCACCUGGACUUCCGCACUCGUGAUGGGCUCACUGCCGUGCACUGUGCCACACGCCAGCGGAAUGCGGCAGCACUGACGACCCUGCUGGACCUGGGGGCUUCACCUGACUACAAGGACAGCCGCGGCUUGACACCCCUCUACCACAGCGCCCUGGGGGGUGGGGAUGCCCUCUGCUGUGAGCUGCUUCUCCACGACCACGCUCAGCUAGGGACCACCGACGAGAAUGGCUGGCAGGAGAUCCACCAGGCCUGCCGCUUUGGGCACGUGCAGCAUCUGGAGCACCUGCUGUUCUAUGGGGCAGACAUGGGGGCCCAGAACGCCUCGGGGAACACAGCCCUGCACAUCUGUGCCCUCUACAACCAGGAGAGCUGUGCUCGUGUCCUGCUCUUCCGUGGAGCUAACAGGGAUGUCCGCAACUACAACAGCCAGACAGCCUUCCAGGUGGCCAUCAUCGCAGGGAACUUUGAGCUUGCAGAGGUUAUCAAGACCCACAAAGACUCGGAUGUUGUACCAUUCAGGGAAACCCCCAGCUAUGCGAAGCGGCGGCGACUGGCUGGCCCCAGUGGCUUGGCAUCCCCUCGGCCUCUGCAGCGCUCAGCCAGCGAUAUCAACCUGAAGGGGGAGGCACAGCCAGCAGCUUCUCCUGGACCCUCGCUGAGAAGCCUCCCCCACCAGCUGCUGCUCCAGCGGCUGCAAGAGGAGAAAGAUCGUGACCGGGAUGCCGACCAGGAGAGCAACAUCAGUGGCCCUUUAGCAGGCAGGGCCAGCCAAAGCAAGAUCAGCCCGAGCGGGCCCGGCGGCCCCGGCCCCGCGCCCGGCCCCGGCCCCGCGCCCCCUGCGCCCCCCGCACCGCCGCCCCGGGGCCCGAAGCGGAAACUUUACAGCGCCGUCCCCGGCCGCAAGUUCAUCGCCGUGAAGGCGCACAGCCCGCAGGGUGAAGGCGAGAUCCCGCUGCACCGCGGCGAGGCCGUAAAGGUGCUCAGCAUUGGGGAGGGCGGUUUCUGGGAGGGAACCGUGAAGGGCCGCACGGGCUGGUUCCCGGCCGACUGCGUGGAGGAAGUGCAGAUGAGGCAGCAUGACACACGGCCUGAAACGCGGGAGGACCGGACGAAGCGGCUCUUUCGGCACUACACAGUGGGCUCCUACGACAGCCUCACCUCACACAGCGAUUAUGUCAUUGAUGACAAAGUGGCUGUCCUGCAGAAACGGGACCACGAGGGCUUUGGUUUUGUGCUCCGAGGAGCCAAAGCAGAGACCCCCAUCGAGGAGUUCACGCCCACGCCAGCCUUCCCGGCGCUGCAGUAUCUCGAGUCGGUGGACGUGGAGGGUGUGGCCUGGAGGGCCGGGCUGCGCACGGGAGACUUCCUCAUCGAGGUGAACGGGGUGAACGUGGUGAAGGUCGGACACAAGCAGGUGGUGGCUCUGAUUCGCCAGGGUGGCAACCGCCUCGUCAUGAAGGUUGUGUCUGUGACAAGGAAGCCAGAAGAGGACGGGGCUCGGCGCAGAGCCCCACCGCCCCCCAAGAGGGCCCCCAGCACCACACUGACCCUGCGCUCCAAGUCCAUGACAGCUGAGCUCGAGGAACUUGCCUCCAUUCGGAGAAGAAAAGGGGAGAAGCUGGACGAGAUGCUGGCAGCCGCCGCAGAGCCAACGCUGAGGCCAGACAUCGCAGACGCAGACUCCAGAGCCGCCACCGUCAAACAGAGACCCACCAGUCGGAGGAUCACACCCGCCGAGAUUAGCUCAUUGUUUGAACGCCAGGGCCUCCCAGGCCCAGAGAAGCUGCCGGGCUCCUUGCGGAAGGGGAUUCCACGGACCAAGUCUGUAGGGGAGGACGAGAAGCUGGCGUCCCUGCUGGAAGGGCGCUUCCCGCGGAGCACCUCGAUGCAAGACCCGGUGCGCGAGGGUCGCGGCAUCCCGCCCCCGCCGCAGACCGCGCCGCCUCCCCCGCCCGCGCCCUACUACUUCGACUCGGGGCCGCCCCCGGCCUUUUCGCCGCCGCCCCCGCCGGGCCGCGCCUACGACACGGUGCGCUCCAGCUUCAAGCCCGGCCUGGAGGCGCGCCUGGGCGCGGGCGCUGCCGGCCUGUACGAGCCGGGCGCGGCCCUCGGCCCGCUGCCGUAUCCCGAGCGGCAGAAGCGCGCGCGCUCCAUGAUCAUCCUGCAGGACUCGGCGCCCGAGUCGGGCGACGCCCCUCGACCCCCGCCCGCGGCCACCCCGCCCGAGCGACCCAAGCGCCGGCCGCGGCCGCCCGGCCCCGACAGCCCCUACGCCAACCUGGGCGCCUUCAGCGCCAGCCUCUUCGCUCCGUCCAAGCCGCAGCGCCGCAAGAGCCCCCUGGUGAAGCAGCUGCAGGUGGAGGACGCGCAGGAGCGCGCGGCCCUGGCCGUGGGCAGCCCCGGUCCCGGCGGCGGCAGCUUCGCCCGCGAGCCCUCCCCGACCCACCGCGGUCCGCGCCCGGGUGGCCUCGACUACGGCGCGGGCGAUGGCCCGGGGCUCGCGUUCGGCGGCCCGGGCCCGGCCAAGGACCGGCGGCUGGAGGAGCGGCGCCGCUCCACUGUGUUUCUGUCCGUGGGUGCCAUCGAGGGCAGCGCCCCCAGCGCGGAUCUGCCAUCCCUACAGCCCUCCCGCUCCAUCGACGAGCGCCUCCUGGGGACCGGCCCCACCGCCGGCCGCGACCUGCUGCUGCCCUCCCCGGUGUCUGCUCUGAAGCCAUUGGUCAGCGGCCCGAGCCUUGGGCCCUCGGGUUCCACCUUCAUCCACCCACUCACCGGCAAACCCCUGGACCCCAGCUCACCCCUGGCCCUUGCCCUGGCUGCCCGAGAGCGAGCUCUGGCCUCCCAGGCGCCCUCCCGGUCCCCCACACCCGUGCACAGUCCCGACGCCGACCGCCCCGGACCCCUGUUUGUGGAUGUACAGGCCCGGGACCCAGAGCGAGGGUCCCUGGCUUCCCCAGCUUUCUCCCCACGGAGCCCAGCCUGGAUUCCUGUGCCUGCUCGCAGGGAGGCAGAGAAGGUCCCCCGGGAGGAGCGGAAGUCACCCGAGGACAAGAAGUCCAUGAUCCUCAGCGUCCUGGACACAUCCCUGCAGCGGCCAGCUGGCCUCAUUGUUGUGCACGCCACCAGCAACGGGCAGGAGCCCAGCAGGCUGGGGGGGGCCGAAGAGGAGCGCCCGGGCACCCCGGAGUUGGCCCCGGCCCCCAUGCAGUCAGCGGCUGUGGCAGAGCCCCUGCCCAGCCCCCGGGCCCAGCCCCCUGGUGGCACCCCGGCAGACGCCGGGCCAGGCCAGGGCAGCUCAGAGGAAGAGCCAGAGCUGGUGUUUGCUGUGAACCUGCCACCUGCCCAGCUGUCGUCCAGCGAUGAGGAGACCAGGGAGGAGCUGGCCCGAAUUGGGUUGGUGCCACCCCCUGAAGAGUUUGCCAACGGGGUCCUGCUGGCCACCCCACUCGCUGGCCCAGGCCCCUCGCCUACCACGGUGCCCAGCCCGGCCUCAGGGAAGCCCAGCAGUGAGCCACCCCCUGCCCCUGAGUCUGCAGCCGACUCUGGGGUGGAGGAGGCUGACACACGCAGCUCCAGCGACCCCCACCUGGAGACCACAAGCACCAUCUCCACGGUGUCCAGCAUGUCCACCUUGAGCUCGGAGAGCGGGGAACUCACUGACACCCACACCUCCUUCGCUGACGGACACACUUUUCUACUCGAGAAGCCACCAGUGCCUCCCAAGCCCAAGCUCAAGUCCCCGCUGGGGAAGGGGCCGGUGACCUUCAGGGACCCGCUGCUGAAGCAGUCCUCGGACAGCGAGCUCAUGGCCCAGCAGCACCACGCCGCCUCUGCCGGGCUGGCCUCUGCCGCCGGGCCUGCCCGCCCUCGCUACCUCUUCCAGAGAAGGUCCAAGCUAUGGGGGGACCCCGUGGAGAGCCGGGGGCUCCCUGGGCCUGAAGACGACAAACCAACUGUGAUCAGUGAGCUCAGCUCCCGCCUGCAGCAGCUGAACAAGGACACGCGUUCCCUGGGGGAGGAACCAGUUGGUGGCCUGGGCAGCCUGCUGGACCCUGCCAAGAAGUCGCCCAUCGCAGCAGCUCGGUCUCCCCUCUCCUCUUUGGGUCUAGGGGGGUGGUAUGUGGAUGCCACCUCUUGACUCCUCCUUCUUGCUGCCUGGAAGACCAAUCUAGUGGGCCCCGUACUGUCAGCCUUGGAGGACAGAGUUCACAGCGUAGCAACGUGUUCAGAACUUAAGGACUUUGCAGGUCUUACCAAGGCCUGGCCAUUCUACCUUCUUUAGUUCAGGAUUCAAAAGACAGGUAGGAGCUUGGGAAGCUCAUGAGGCCUCUCCUAAGGUCCCGGGAUGCUGCCUCCAGCUCCUGUCAUCCUGGGGAAUUGCUCUGGGGUCCUCUCCCCUUUUAGCCUUUUCCAACUCUCAGCCAAACUGGAAAGCCCUCUUCCCAGCAGUGCAGUGUUGAAGGUGCCCGUAGAAUGGGUGUUAUAAUCAGAGUGAGCAGCCUGGUCCUAGGGCUCUGUACAGGACCAGACCCCUGAGGCUGGGGUCUCCUGACCCACACCUGACCAGCCCCCAUCUUCCCUCUCUGCUUCUCCCUCCGCUCCUCUCUGCCUCUUGGUCUUGAUGAAAAUCAAAGCCAUUUUAAAAAGUGCAUAGCACAGUGCCUGGCCUGGUUCGGGCCCUCAAUAAACAUUUCUUAAAUGGAUGAAAGAACAAAGCAAAAUGCAAAUGCUGUGUUUUGUGAUUUGAGAUCUAGGGAGGUGGCUUAGGACAAAAACCCACAGAAGGACUUACUCAGCGUUCAGACUCAUCAGAUGUCGAUCCCCCAUGGUCGGGCUCAGGUGGGCCCAGGUCUCGUCAUUGGCUCUGUCCUCUCCUGUGAGGCAGCUGCAGCAGUUGCAGGGCAGGGUCAGGGGAUUCCUCAGCCGGAACCUCUGGCACUUCCCCUUCUCUGAGUUCAUCCUCCCACAGUGCUCUUUAGCAUUCUGUCUUGAUCAGGGUAUGGUUCUCUCAGCCCUUGGCUCUGGCUUUCACCAGGACCCUGUUUGUUUUUCUUUCUCAGAUGUGGGAUGGGGAAGGACAGGACCAGCAGCCCUGACCCUUACGUGAUGUCUGUUCUUUUACUCAGUAGUUUCUGCAAAAUUCUGAUCUCUGAUUGGGUUCAUGUGGGUCCUCUGCUUUUCCCUGACUGAUCACUGGGGUCUGGGGACAUAGGGCUGUCAUCGGCCAAGCUUGAGUCCUCUGUUCUCCCAGGAACCAGGGGGAUGGGUCCGCCCACCUAGCAAGCAGGUGCUGAGAGUGAGGGGAGGGGGCUCUCCAGAUGGAAGUCCAGUGCUGUCCCUUGAGUAAGUAGAUGCUGGACAGCCUGUAGCAACCAAUGUUCUGUGACACGGCCCCCACUGGCAUCAGCAACUCACUUCCUUGCCGGUCAUUGGCUUGGAGCCAUCAGAGGGCCCUGAUGUCGGUGCUCAGGAGGUCACAGCUUAGUGCUGUAUCCCUCCCCUGUGAAGUGUAUUUACAGCGAGCCAACUGCACAGACUAUCGCGAGGCUGCACACGGCAUCACCUGUGAAGCACCCGGUAGGCCCAGGGCUGGGGCCUGUGGACCCCUCACUGGUGUGGGCUGCCAUUGUCUUUGCUGUCACUGACGACACCUAGGUGAGGUCUUAGAGUCCUUUGUGGGAAAACAAGCCUGUUGGAUGCAGCACUGGAGACGGUCCUGCCGUAUCAGUUUGUCUUCACACCGUUCUGUUAGACGGACCCUAACAGAAUCCUCAUGUUCCAGACAAUGAAACUGAGGUACCAGAGAGUUUCCUUGCAGACAGAAAACGGUGGUCUGCCUGACCACGAGCCCUGCUCUCUGGCUGCCGUAAUCGAGGGCCGCUGUUGUUAAGCCCCUUCUGAUGACACACAAUGGGCUUUUGCGCAGUAACGCCCCUCCACAGAAGUGGCAGGUGUGUGCAUGGCACAGACUCACCCCCUCUGUUUACUGGUCAUGUUUGUCAUAAGUAGCACCUGGUGCCACCUGAGUGGCCUACCCGGGCCUGCUUUUCCUUCUCAGUUUGCCUCUGUGUUACCUUCUGUUCCAGCUCACUCUUCCUUUCACCCUCUUGCGCUCCUUCUCGCCCUCAGACCUGGGCUGAACUACAGCCAUCUGGAGGGGCCCCUGCCCACCCUGGGCCCUUAACUUCCGGUGCUUCUGGCUGCAGGCAGCGGAGCGGAGCACAGGACACUUGGUGAUGUCUGAGUCCAGUCCUGUUUGAGAUCUGGUCCUUUGUGUGCCCACCGUGGCUGUUGUCAGCUCUUGUCCUGCAGCCCCUAAUGGCUGGAGUCCGGUACUCACUGCUCACUUAGGGAUAAAACUGCUGGUGGAACUGUCUAAAGUGUGGGAGGUUCUGACAUCCAGGUAUGGCUGCUUCCUUCCCAGGGCCAGUCCUGGCAGAGGCGCUAGGUCACCCUCAGGGCCAUACCCUGAGCUGUGUCUCCAGCCCCUUGUGUUCCACAGUGUUUGUCUCCCAGGCCCAUCCUUCUCCUCCCUGACUGACACCAUGAGAAAGGGAAUGCCUACCCACCUUCUCCAGAGAUGGCUCAUUCCUGAUGUGCUUUAGCCACAAGGUGUUCUGUGGCCUGAGAGCUUUCUGGACGAGUUAAGCUGUCUUGUAUGUCAUGGAACCAAAGCUCGGUAACCUGUGGAAAAAUGAUGAGCUCUGGGGCCACCUUUGAUUUUCAGGGGAACCUGCAGGAUGUGGCACUCUCAUGCUGCCUCUGGAAGGUCCAGGACCUUCGGCCUUUUGAAUCCUCGAUCCCAGAUUGUCCACCUGCUCUGUGCUCCCAGCUCCAAGUCUAGCUCUGCCGGACAGACCAUCUGCCCAGAGCCCCUCCUCGGUCUCUGGGCCCCACACCUGACUCUGAGGCUGCAUUUGGGCAUGAUUCAGACCUGACUCCGAGCCCCACAACUGGCCACAGGCACCCCGUCUGUCUGAGGCUCUCACUUGUCUCUGAGACCCUGGCUUCACACCUGGCUCUAAACUCCAUUUGUCUUCCAGGCCUCGUGCUCGGAUCUGAAUCCCAUGUGGGGUCUGAGGUCCAUAGUAAGGCUCACAUCUGCCUUGGCACUUAGCUUUACAUGGGACUCUCACAUCUGGUUUUGUAGGUAAAGUUCAUGGCAAAGUAGCUUUGGAAACACAAAAAGAGGUUCUUUGCUGCAGUAGUUCUGGUGCCUUUGACAAGCUUGGGUGGAGGAGGGCACUGUGUGCCAUGGUCUCCAGACCUGUUAGAGUCAGUUCCUAGAUCUCCCAGGAGACCCACGUUCCUCAAAAUGGUCAAGAAGCCCUGCCCUGGUGGCCUGCUGCAGACCCUGCCUGCUAAUAUAUUUGUCAGGGCUCUGGACAAAGCACUCUGUGCUUGGUGGAUCACACUGGUAAGCAGGGCCAAGGCCAGCAGGGCCUGCUCUUUUGAAACCCAGACUGUGUCACAUACCUGCCAGUGGGGGCCCCUGCAGGCCACAUGCAGCUGGGGCAGGUGUGUUCCCAGGAUCCCUGAACCCUGUUCGGGGAGUAGGAAGGAGGUACAGAGGAGGGGUCAUAGGACACUGGGGCCCAUCAGAGCUGGAGCUGGGAACAGGCGGGGUGCUGAGGAGCAAGACGUGUUACCGCAGAGGAUGCACUGGAAGCUUCCGAGCCCAUGUCUGGUUUUGUGCUCCUCUGAGAAUUAGUUCCCUUAAUGAGGCCCCUAGUUUGCAAAAGGCCACAGGCCUAGACCGGCCCCACGUGAGUGCAGUGGCAGAAGGCCCGAGGCAGUAUCCAGGGCCCGAGUGUGGACAUUUUCCUGCCUGUUGGCCCCAGUGGGCUGACUGAGUUGGGCACGCCUGGCAGGGACAUGUCAUACAUACUAUUUUUGCAUUUUGUUAGUGCAUCUCGUAUUCCUGGCUUUGUGCUAGGUACCAGGAGGCAAGGAGAACCGGUAAGAAGUGGGGUGAAGGGCCUGAGACCAUGAACGGUCUGGAUCCAGAAAUGGCAAGGGGUAAAGAGAAGGUCUGGGUUGAUAUUAGGAGUUAGCCAUUGGCUGUAGGGUAAAAAGAAGAGCUGAUGGUGGCUCCCAGGCUCUGUGUGUGGCAAUGACAGGGUGCCGUUCACUGAGUUGGGGAUGGAGGGACAUGUGUGGAUACCCCAGUAGAGGUGUUGGACUCAUCAGAGGCUGUCUGGGUCUCACACGUAGCAUUCCUGGGCACACUGGCCAUAGCAAAGGGUGUGAGUGGAUAAUGUUGCCCAGGAGAAACUGCAAACUAAGAGGGGAGCUCUCCGAAAAUCCAUCUAGGAAGGAAGAGGCCUGGGAAAGAAUGUCUCGAAGGGAAACAUGAACAGGUCAGCAGCGGGGUCUUGCUGACUGCCUGGGCAACUGUGGGGCAGAGGGCGGAGUGGGGAGGGUGUGGCAAGGCCAGACCUCUCUCACUGGCUGAGAGUCACUGGGAAACAGUGAGACGGUGCAGGAUUCAAAUGUAGGUGGAAAGACGUGGGGCCGUGGGGGCCUCAGCGUGAUCUGGACUCAGCCUCUUCAGGGUGGCUGCUGGAGGUGUUGGUGGGUGAUGGUGCCUGGUGAAGUAUCAUGUGUUAGAGGGUGGGUGGCCCAGAAGCUCUUUGGGAGGCUGGCAGGUGCUGUGAUGUGGCUAUUUGGCGGCCAGAGCCUGGCCAGGGAGGUGGCCAGACGGCUGAGAGUGACAGUGGGUGUGCAGAGAGGCCAUGGAAACAUGGAAGUCAGACAUGGACACUGCUCGGGUUUGUGCCCUGGGGAUGGUGUGGGCAGUACCCUCUUCCCCGAGAGAAAGAGGAGAAGCAGACACCUGGGCCAUGGGUGACCCCAGGCCCCUCCCUCCUGUGCCCUGGGGCCUUUGGCAGGCACAGCCUUCCUUGGGCAUUUUCUCUUGGCCUCCUGACAUCUCCAGCAUGCUCUGGGAGGCGGGAGCAAUGUGAAUGGCUCUCCUCACAUCUCUUGCCCUCGGGCCCCUGGCUCCGUGGGUGCCUCUGGAGCCAGCCUGCCCUCUGCCCAGGUCUCCAGCUCAGCCCCUGCCAGUACUACCCAGACAGGCACAACUCUGCUCUGCCCAGCUCGGACCUCCUGGAGCCCAGACCCUGCUCUGGGCUCCGGCCGAGCCUCCUGGCUGCGCUGCCCGCGCCUGCCCUGUGCCUCUGCCUUCACUGCUGUGGUCCUGCAACUCAUCAGUGUGCUUCAGUCACACCUGAGACUCCAGGUACACCUGCCAUCACAACUCCACUGAAAGCUAAGCCUUGGGGCAGGGGCAGGGCCAGGGUAGGUGUCCAUCCUGUGAUACAGGUCCCCGGGGCAGGGCCAGGUUAGGUGUCCAUCCUGUGAUACAGGUCCCCAGGCCAGGGCCACUUUGUUGGGGCUGGUGGGUGGAGGCCAGGUGCAUAUUCCUGGUCCUGCUCCUCUCUGGGUGUCCACAGUCAGGUCCCUCUGAGUGAUUCUCUGGGAGUCUCCUCUGGCAAGCCCCUCCAGCAGUCACCACCACCUGGGCACCCACCCCCAGGGGACCCCCCGACCCAACACCACCUGGCACCUCCCCUUGGGAGUCCCCUCAACCCUGGCUGCCUCCCCACUUUGCCCCACCGUGCAGGUGGAUCCAUGGAGGCCAGGUCCAGUGGGAGCAAAGACAGCUUAUUCUGGUGGUUGGUGCCUGUGCUGAGGCCCACCUCAGGUGUUCUUGAAGCCCCUUUCUGUUUGGGGGCACAGUGGGGCCUCUUCAGGAAGUUCUGCUCUGGAUCUGAGCAGCUGGGAGGAGGCAGUAGGGACAGAGGCUGAGGAGAGGACAGAAAUGAGGUCCCAUGGGAGAGACAGAGCUCAGAUCUCCACAGAGGGCUGACCUCUCACAGGCGGGAGACAAAAGACGAAACCUGCUUUAAGGGGAGCCCCAUGCGUGUGUGGGGCAGGCACUGGUGAUGCUGUGUGGUGAGGACAGCACAGAGGUUGGGGUGGGGGACUCAGCCUGGGCAGGGGCAGGGAGAGGGGGUGGGAGGGCCACUGGAGAGGGGCCCGGCCAAAGAGGAUGUCAGGGGCUCAGCACCCCCAGGCGGCCAGGCACCUGCCGAGCCCUGCAGCCACGCUUGUGGUUCACCUGCACUUGGAGACUCUCGCACAGGCGCCUCUCCUCCACCAGCAGCUCCAGCUUUGUCCCUCCCACAGCAGCUGGGCCCUCUGCACCUGAGUUCCUCCCUCCACACCUGGCUGCCCAUUGUGUGGUUGCAGCUGUGGGUCGCGUGGGCCUGGCCGGCUAACUCUCUCUCUCAUUGCUCUCUCCUGCCCAUCUGCAUGUGGCUGCUCUGUCGAGCUGCGCCGUGGUCCCGAGCGCCGGCUGUGUAAGUGAGCAUGCCCAUCCCAUGCCUCUUGCCGUCCACACGCUGUGCCUGUCUGCCUGGGUCUCUGCUCUGCGUGGCUGUGAGAGGCUCUGGUGCCACUGACAGCCCCUUGAGGCUUCCCCUGACACAGUGGGGAAAGGGAUGGGAAUGGGAGGACAUGGGAGUGGGUUUUUCUCUGGAGCUAUCACCCCAGGUAGGCCUCCCACCACGGCAGAGCCAAGGAGGGGCUAGAGCUCUAGGGUCCUGUCAGGUGAGGCUGGGAAGUGAGCUGCCAUCGGUUCUUGUGUGUGUGCGUGCGUGCAUGUGUGCGUGUUGCGUGUCUGCGUGUGUGUGCUGCUGCCACUGCAGCAUGUCUGUAACGCGUGUGGGCACCGUUGCUGCUGUUGUGUGCUGUCUGUGCAGGAGGCUGCCUUUGUGUUGUGGGUGUGCACGGCCUCACACCUGCCCUGCAUGUGCUGCUGCUCCAUACGGGUACGAGCCCUGCCUAGUGUCUGUCUCCUGUGUCACGGACCUGUUCAACCUCAUGCUGCUGCCAGCCUUUAUCACGACUCAGCUGUCCCUGGAACCUGCCCAGGAUCCCCUGGGUCUUCUCAUGAGAGCAGAGCUGUGUGGGGGGUGGGCGGUGAAGGGUACUGCCCAAGUCUCACCGUCCCGAGUAUCUGUGGAUCCCGCCAUGCCCAGAGCCGGUGUCGGAGGCUGGCAGGAGGGAGAAGCCAGCCCUUUGCCAUGAGAGGCUGUCUUUUCUUUGGUUGGGCUGCACUUGGAGCCUGGAUGGAGUGGAGGGGGCCACCAGUCAUUCCUCAUAUUCCAGCCAGUCGCUGGCUCUGGUCCCAGGGGCCAAAGAAAAGGGCCAGGGUAACCGUAGGAUCCCACCCUUUAUUUCUUCCUCUGGCCGGGCUACUCCCGCCAGCCCCAGCCCGUUUCCUCCUGGACCCUGCCCGCUCCCCUCCGCCCGUCCCCCCUUGGCUGUGCGCCCCUCACCUGGCGCUGACCCCUCUCCCUCCGCAGGCUCUUCAGCAGCCUCGGUGAGCUGAGCUCCAUUUCAGCGCAGCGCAGCCCCGGGGGCCCGGGCGGCGGGGCCUCGUACUCGGUGAGGCCCAGU